GUAAGAGCAGAAAGAAGCGAAGGAACGAAUUCUCUCUGGAUUCUUUAAGCAAGGACAACACCGCGUGCCUUGAGAGACGAAAACUCGCGGUUCCCCGGGCUGGAAGAGCGACUCGGUACGAGGAGCAAGUAACUCAUUUCAACGUUAUCCUUUCCUCUGUGCACGUUGAUGUCCCAUCACAACACACAAAACGUUCGGGCGCAGGCAUUGCAGCAUAUUCGUCUGUCUUCGGCCGUGCAGGUCUACCCUGUCUUUUCACCGUACAAGGUGUGGGAGUGUGUAGCGUGUAAUAUGGCGGUUUCUUCUCCUGUGUACUGCCCGGGUUCCGGAGCCACCUGCAACCUCCACCCGACUUCCCGGAGACUGGGAGUGCAGAAAGGACUACGUGUGCUCGUUAGUGUUGUGCUAGCAUUUGCCUUGUUUGACUUUUUGCAUUUUCCCGUCGGUGUCAGAGCCACAAGCGGGCCAGAGGCUGCAUCUGGCCCAAGCUGUGUGGUUGGUGAGACUGCGACCAAGUGCACUUGCAAGAGCCAAGAAUCAGCUGAAAAUGAGGCACUCACAGCAACCCUCUCUGAAGAAAAAAAUGUUCUCGAAAUUGGCUGUCAACAGACUGAACAGCAGUGUGCUCCUGACGGCCUGGGUACAAAUCUAGUGUGUCCAGCAACCACUACAGCACUGAAGGACUGCAAAAAACCGGAGGAAAAAAACGCUAAUACGCCUUUCGAUGUCAAUUCGCUUCUCAUCGGUUCCCCCAAAAUAUCCUGGCAGUCUUGCGAAGACAGCGAGUACACCACUAAGCGGUUGACCAUCCCCCGAGAGAACUUCCCCUUUGUGGACCGCAAAUUCGUUGUCGGUUGCUUAAAGACUGACACUACGACAAUGAAGGUGGCAGUGACACUUCAAGCGAGAGCAAGUUCAACUCAAAAACAAACUGUCAAAUGUGCCUACGGAACGCAAAGCAAUGCAAAACACCAAACCAUCACGCUGAGUCCUGGGAAAAACAGCUUCACUCUGGUCUGUGGCAGCGAAGGAGAAGUUCUGCCGACUAAAUACAAUGAGGCCUACUGUGUCAGUGAAAACGGGAACGAAGCUGCUGCCCAUUGCACGGGCGCGUACACAGACAUUUUCCCGAAUUACAAACAGACGUGGUGGUCAACCGCAAACAUCAAUGAGUUCACGUUCCAGGUUCCGGAUGGGGAGUUCCCAUCAGAGGAGCAGAAAAUUACAGUUGGCUGCCAGAAGAAGACACAAGCGGCCCCUCCUGCUCAGAGUCAGGGGAAAAGGACCACCCCUGAAGAAGCGAAUUCGACAGUGUGCACUGUUGAUGUGACGAUUUCCCCAUCCACUGCUUCAUCUGCUGCGUUUGGUGGCGUGAGUGCUUUCUUACUCUCGUUGGUGGGGAUUGUCUCCGCAAUCGUUUUGUAG